AUUUCAUCGGGCUUCGACAUUGAUACCAACAACGGUAUGGCUCUAGCUUGUUACCUACAACAAUCCGCCAUUAACAGAUGUCAUCGUGCGUGCCACGAACAAAAGCACUCGGAAGAGAUAAAACUGAAGACAAGCGGCGGCACCAGGCAGAGUCUUAUCGACAUCCGAGCCCAUUGUGCGGCUACCUGCUUCCUCAGACCAUCCCCAGGGUCCUUCCGAGACGCACGCGUAGAAUAUCCCUCAAAAUGUAUUUAUCUCUACUCGUAGUGUCCGUAGUUCUUACAAGUGUGGUGGCGGAGCAUUCUGGCGCGUAUUCCUCGCCUCAGUAUGCCAAGAAGAUGUUCCCGAAACAAGGAGUUAAUAACAUUGAUCUGUUGCCGCGGGAGAAGCCUCCUGUGCCCUUCAAGAGACCAGCGCCUUACGAUGAAGGUGACACUAUUGAUCGCGUCGGCACCGACAUUAAUGACACCGCGCAGUACGGACGAUCUUCGUUCCUCAACACAGCUGGUAGCUUCCUCAACGGGGCUGGUGGCCAGAUAGUGUCCACUCUGGCCAAGGACUUCAUAGCCAGGUCGACAGGUAGCAGCCAGGUGCUGAGCCUGAACCUCACGAACCUGGUGAUCCUGGUGGUGCUGAAGGCGCUGAUCCUCGCCGCCGGGUUCUUCGGAGCCGGAGCGUGGAAGGGACACCACUACGGGAGGAGCCUUGAAGACAACCUGAACGCCACCUACAUCUCGGAAGACGAGCUGUACCUGUACCUGGCGUACCUGUCGGGGCGGCAGAGCGGGCGCUACGGCUGCCUGUACCGGCUGGCGUGCGCGCGGCCGCGGCAGGCGGCGCCCUACGCCUCGGGAGCAGAGCUGCUGAUGCAGGGCGCCAAGCUGCUGCAGGGCAACGACAUCGAGUUGUCGGAGUACGAGGAGAUAUCCUCUGGCAUCAAGGAGGCCACGUCGUGGGGCGAGCGCGGCCUGCCCUGCGACACGCAGUACCAGUGCGGGGAGUGA